UUGAUCAAUAAAACUGAGUCUUAGGCGAGGCAGGUUAAUUGCGGGACCUGUCUGUCAGACCCAUGAGCGCAUUGCGUUUCGGUUAGGGAUCAGCUAGCUUCUCAUCGAGAGCGUUUUGACUUCAUUGAAUCAUGUCAAGUAAGAAAGAAGAAGCCUUGGCACACAUAAAGGAAGCUGAAAAAUACCUGAAAACAUCAUUUUUUAAAUGGAAGCCAGAUCUAGACUCAGCUGCAGAUGAAUACAACAAAGCAGCCACCUGCUACAAGACGGUGCGCGCCCACGCCGAGUGCCGCGACUGCCUCGCAAAGGCCGCCAACUGCCACGAGCAGAACGGGUCGCUGUUCGCUGCGGCCAAGUGCUACGAGCAGGGCGUGCUGAUGAGCAAGGAGCUGGCCGACCUGCCCACCGUCAUCACGCUCUGCGAGCGCGCCGCCAAACUCUUCCAGCAACACGGCAGUCCGGAGUCGGCGGCGCAAUGUCUGGAGAAGUCGGCCAAGAUUCUGGAGACGUCGAGGCCGGCCGAUGCUGUGCCGCUGUACCAGCGCGCCACCGAUGUGGUCAUGCUGGAGGACCGGCCGCGCACCGCCGCCAACUACACCUCGAAGACAUCCCGGCUGAUGGUGCGCCUGGGUCGCUACGAUGAGGCCGUGGUGUCCGUCCGCAGGGAGAUGGGGUACCAACAGGAGCUCGAGGACGCCGCGCAGCUGGGCCGCCUGACGGUGGUGCUGGUGCUGCUUCACCUCGCCAGGGAUGAUGUGGUCGCCGCCAGGAAGGCCUUCGACGAGUGGGGCAACUACUGCGAGGCCGAGGAGGUGGGCACGCUAUCCCAGCUGCUGGAGGGCUAUGAGGAAGAGGAUCCGGAGUUGGCGCGCCGCGCCCUCGGCUCGUCGUUCAUCAAACACAUGGACAUCGACUACGCCAAGCUGGCCGCCAGCCUGAAGCUGCCCGAAGUCACGGCAAACCCGCAGGAGAAGUCACCGACGGCGGAGGCGCAGUCGACAGAUGCUCUGGCGGCCAACUUCCAACAGAGCGUCUCCGUGUCGCAGGGAGCGACGGGUGCCGCCGCGGACGUCGUUCAGCACGACGACGAAGAUGAUGAGUACGCUGGCGGACUGUGCUAGGUCCGCGGCUACGGACAGAGCCGGACGGGGCGCGGUGCGGUGCCGGUGUUGCGGCGGCUACGGUCAAUGUUGCAGUGGUUGCGCUCGCUUCACGCCGCUGGGCUGGUCCUCGUUGCCGUAUGGGUUGACGACGGCUGCCACGGCCGCUGAGCAGUCUCUGUGUGACAUCGGGCGGUCGCCGCGGCCCGGGCGGGUCCGCGGCCGACACCACGGCCGCAGGGGUCC